CGAUUCUUUUUUUUUGGGAAUCUAAUUUUAAUUUUAAUUUUAUUUUCAAUUAAUUUCAAUUUUUUUUCCGUCAUCGAAUGUCACAGAAUGCCCAUCAUAGUGUUGUUAGAUAAUUCAUUUUCAAUGAAUCAAAAUGUUUCAUUAACAUCAUCGAAAUCUGGAUUUGUAAAUGAACAAAAUCAUCUGUCAAGAUUACAGCUAGCUCAACAUGGAUUAAGAAUUUUAUUUCAAUUCAUAAAGAAUAAUUGUAAAUUUGAAUCAACAGCAUUGUUAACAUAUUCAAGAAGUUUUCAAAUCAUUUCUGAAUUCACUCGUGAUUAUGAUUUUCUUCUAAAUUGUUUAACAAAUAUAAAAACAAUUGAUCGUUCUAAUCUUAUGCCAGCAUUAUUCAAAGCAUCAAAAAUGAUUGGUGAUAAUUAUAAUUUGGAUCUUUUCUAUCAUAUAAUUAUUAUAACGGAUGGUAUUGCAUUAUUACAUACGAAUACUUUUAAUAAGAAUAUUUUCUCUCAAUUCGAUUUGAAUGAUGAAUAUGAUCUGGAACAAUGGAAACUUCCACCAAAAUGUAAAGUUCAUAUCAUAUGCAUAAAUACAUUGAAUAAUUUCAAUGUACAAAAUUCUUUGCAAACAUUUCGAGAAAUUUUAUUGAAAAAUUGUAAACAAAAACCAUCAGAUAUUCAAGUGAAUGUUUGUUAUGAUGGCGGACAAAUAUGGAUACCCGAUACAUUAACAUUAUCGCCAUUAUUGAUUGAGGAUUUAUUCCAUAAAUUAUGUUCAGAAAAUUUUAAAUCUUAUUCCGGAAAAAUCAUCUGUGGUGAAAUGUCCGGUUUGAUUAGUCUUUAUCCAAAUUUACCAUUAGAUAAUAUUCCAUCGAAAAUGAAAGAUCAACAAUUUGAUAUUAUUCGUAUAUGUGGCUUUUUGAAUGCCGAUGAAAUGUUUGAUUCACCAUUUUUUACUCGACAUUAUGUCAUAUCUGUUGCUGAGAAGAAUUUAGAUGAAAUGAAAAAAUGGAUUCGAUUUUUAAAUUUUAAAUCCGAUCAAUCGGAUGAAGAUAUCAUACAAAUGUUUGGUGAAGAAGGCCGACAACCAUCGUUUGCCGUUUUAUUACAUGGAAGCUUUAAAAUUGCAAAUAUGAUUGCACUUUGUGAAAUCGGUAUCACUGGCCAAUGGUAUGGUAUACUUCAAUCGGUGACCGAUAAGAAAAAAUCCAAUCUAAUGUUAUUCACAUUAUAUCCGGGCACUAAUCCGAUACCAUGGUUGGCAAAUUUUCGAAAUUUUUCAUUAUCAUCAGAAAUAAUUACAACUGAAAAUUCAUCAAACAAUAAUAAUAAUAAUAAUAACAAAAGUAAUUUGAAAAAGAAUUCCAAUCUAAAUCCAUGGCUUCAACCACAAUCCAUAAUGAAUGAUGUACAAAAAUUAUUAAGAUUUAUAAAAAAAUUACCCGAUCGUUAUGAUCAAUUAUUAUCGGAAAUCAAUCGUUUACAACGAGCAGCAAUGGCAUUGAAAUUUUUUCAAUUAAUCGAUGCAUUAAUACAAUUGUUUGAAUGUGAAGCACCACAAAUGCCUAAUUAUCAACAACAGCCACAAGUACGUGAACAAGUGGAACAAAUUCUACAAUACAUUCGACAGACAAAACAACAGAUUCAACCAACGAAUUGAACAAUAACAAUGCCUAAAAUUUUUAUUAAAUUUUUUCGAUUAAAAAUCACAGUCAUUGGUUUUACAAAUGA